AUGGCUUUUCCCACGCCAUCCAUCAUGGACUACACGCUCUACUCCAGACAGCUGAUCCUCCCCGGAUUCGGUCUCCCCGCACAGCAGGCCCUCCUGCGCGCCAAGGUGGCAGUCGUCGGUGCCGGUGGUCUCGGCUGUCCCGCGCUCACCUACCUCGCGCUGUCCGGCGUUGGCCACAUAACGGUGAUCGACCACGAUACCGUCGAUCUCUCCAACCUCGCCCGCCAGUCCCUCCACUCCCGCGCCUCCAUCGGCACAAACAAAGCUCUCUCCGCGCAGGCCUCCCUAGCCGCCCUCGCCCCUAACAUCACCGUCACCCCCAUCCCCACCGCCCUCGAUCCCACCAACGCCAUCUCCCUCCUCGCCGAUCACGACCUCAUCCUCGACUGCACCGACAACCCCGCCACGCGCUACCUCCUCAACGACUCGGCCGUCGCCCUCCACACGCCCCUCGUCUCUGCUGCCGGCCAACAGUACGACGGACAGCUCGCCGUUUACAACUACCGCGGUGGCCCGUGUUUGCGAUGCGUAUUUCCCAAGCCGCCCGCGCCCCAGUUCGCGCCAUCUUGCUCCGAGGUCGGUGUCCUCGGCCCCGUCGUAGCAACUAUCGGCUCCCUCCAGGCGCUCGAGGCGAUCAAGAUCCUCGCCAACCUCACGCCGCCCGGCGCCUCAACUUCACCACCACCGUCGCCUCACAUGCUCCUCUUCUCCGCCCUCGCCACUCCGCCCUUCCGGUCCAUCAAGCUCCGCAAUCGCAAGCCAGACUGCAUAGCGUGCAGCAACCCACACGCACCCAUCGACGUCGCCUCUACCGACUACAUUCAGCUAUGCGGCGGUCCGCGGCCAGACUGGGAGUCCCUCGGCAUGCAGGUGCGCGAUCCGGCGCUGCGCAUAGAUGCGAAUACCCUCUCCACCCAACUCCGCUCCGACCUCCCACCCCUCCUCAUUGACGUCCGCCCGCCGGUCGAGUUCGGGAUCUGUCAAAUCGAGGGCGUUGACACGCCUACAACAAACGGCGUUGACACGCGCACAACGACCUCCGCCCCCUUCACGACCUCCUCCUCCUCCACCUCCUCCACCGUAUCCACCUCGCCCACCUCACCCCGCCCCCUCAUCACCCUCUGCCGCCUCGGGAACGACUCCCAGCUCGCCGCGGAUGCGCUCAGGGAUGCCCUACCUAACACGCACCCCAUCCUCGACCUCAUCGGCGGCCUCCGCGCGUGGGCGCGCGACGUCGAGCCUGGGUUUCCUGUUUAUUAG